AUGGCGCGUCCAAAAACAGUUCGCGCCCCGACAACGGCCAGUCUUUCAAAUAAUCUCCGCAUCCCCUCAUCAACCCCCUCGCUUUCAAAAAAUCUCGGAAAGCUAUCCAGACAAGCCCUACUUGACCUGGCAUUCCUAUGGCUUGAUGACCGCAAUAUUGCCUCGUUCCCGCCGUACCUACGACACGAUGAAGACGGACCUGACGAUGACGAAGCCCUCCCCUACCCCGCCGCCGAGACAAUCGAGGAAGUGCGCCAGGCAUACAAAGACCUCCAAGAUCGAAAGGGUGGCAAGCGCGAGGUCCUCGAACGGAUACUAGAAGGCGAUUGGCGACAUGGAAUCACAUUGCGACAGCUAGCAAUGGCCGACCUACGCUACAUGGAUGACCACCCAGCCAGUCUUCGAUGGACAGCAUUGGAGCUCAGUCGCAUCGGUACCAAACAGAAAAAGUCCGAAGAAUCACCAUCAGCCGACUGGUCCGGCUCGGUUCCGCGCAUGCAAGCUGCAACAUUCGUUCAAACCCUCCAACGGGAAAUCUCCCCGCUGGUCAAAGCACAUUAUCAUCUCGCCCGCUCAAGAACACUUCCCCUGACGAUCCUGCGAAUAUUUGUCGUUGACUCGCCGUAUCAAUCUCCACGACAGGCGGCUGAGAUCUUCACAGACUCCUCGCGUGUCAUCUACGUCGCUUUCCCGGACAGUUGUCCUUUCGUGUAUACAUCCAUUACGGCAUCCACAGGAUCGAAAGCAACUCCGGCAGCAAGCUCUGUGGCAACUGAUACUCGUACCCUUCAGCGCCUGGUGCGCGAUUCUAUCCCUAAGGCUCUUUCCCGACCACAGGAACGAUUCAACCUGAAGCCUACAUCGCUGGCAGCAAAGAACCUGCCAACACUUCUUGCACUCCGAGGUCCUGGCCGCUCAUCAUCUGCAAAUGGAGCAUUUAGCAUCUUUGCCGAUGCAGUCAUUGAAGGGAGUCCCUUGGACCCACGACCUUCAAACACAGUCACACCAGAAGAGCAUCUCCAAGCAAGUCACGAGUCUAUCACUGAAGAAGGAAACGAAAAAGAAAACGGCAGUGUUGGAGAAGUCUCCGCUUCGAAGCGCAAACCCGCAGGGAAUGAGACAGCUCCCCUGUCUCCAACCUCAAAGAAACGCCGCCUGGCUAUCCACUCCAGAUUUGGAACCUCCGGUUCAUCACUAGCCUCCGCGCCACUAGAUCGUCUUGAUAUUCGUCUCCUCGACAAACCAGGCGCUGACAACGGUCAUGAAGGCGACAAUUCCUCCGUGUCCACUUUACCUGCCGUGUCACUCAACUUCGCUGGAUCAGAUGUUAUCACUGGUAUCCGCAAGCUCGCCGAGCUGGGUAUCAUCGAUCCGGAACGUAUGCCAUCAUGGAUGACAGGCGAAGAGGGCAUAAGUGUUGCAACUGUUCGACAAGGUCGACGGCUUCAAAAAGGUGAAUAA